CAUGGUUAGGCUGUCGAUGAUGGCCCUCUGGCUGGGCUCCUUGGCUUUGACCUUGGCGAGCGUUAAUGCCAACAUUACCAACAUAUUUGCCCUGACCAACAAGAAAUAUCUCAGUGAAACCCUAGACGCCGAUCAUUAUUUGGCCUUUGCCCAGCUUAGAAGCCUGGCAGUGGAGUUCUUCGACCACUAUUCGAAUGUAACGCUGGCGGAUCUGCAUUUAAACGAGAGACUGCCCACGCUUCAGGAUCUUGAGUGCCUAGCGGACCUGGCUCUCCUUUCUAAGGAUCUGGCCUCCUCCAAGUACUGGGCAUUAAAGAUGAUCGACUCCUGGGGUCUGUUGCCCUCGGGCGUGCUCGUGGGAAACUGGUGGAACCUAGGGAAUUUCGACGAGUGCAUUGGCAUAGACCACGCGGUGACCUCGACUCACAGUGUCCAGGGCAAGUACUGCUUCACCAAGUUGGCCUUGGCCCCUGGAAUCUCCUCAAGGCUGGUCAUCAAGUCAGCGGUCUGCUUUCCCGCCUCCUGUUCCGCCGCUCACAUGGACACCAUGCUGCGAAGACUCUUCAAAUCGCUCCUCAGCGUGGAGAUAUCUACAGAUGUUCAACUGGUGGACGAGGCUACGUGUCAGACGGCGGAGGAGAAGGAAUACGAUGGACUCACCAUAUUCACCAUAGUCAUCCUGUCGAUAUUGGCUGCUCUUGUGGGUCUCUCCACGCUCUACGACUACUUUCUUUGUCGGGAUGAGAAAAGCCUUAAUCCCGUGGUCAAGGCCUUCUCGGCACGGGCCAAUUCGCGAGCUCUCUUCCGCCUGGUGGACAACAAGGCGAAUCCCAAUGUCAUCGACUGUCUCCAUGGCAUCCGCUGUCUUUCGUUCAUCUGGGUGGUUUACUGCCAUGACUACCUCAUCUUUGCCAUGUCACCGAACAUUAAUAUGGGCGUUGUUUUGACGUGGAUUGACUCCUUCUACAGUCUGUUUGUGAAACAUGGCGUCUAUGCCGUGGACACAUUCUUCUUCUUGAGUGGACUAUUACUCGUGGUGAUUGCUCUGCGUUCGAUGGACAAAACCAAGGGAAAACUGAACAUACCCAUGAUGUACCUACAUCGGUAUCUUCGACUCACUCCCCUCCUGGCCUUCGCCAUCCUCAUCUACAUGAAGAUUCUGCCAAUUAUGGGAAGCGGUCCCUUGCAUGGAUCGGUGAACUUUGAUGACUACACAUCGUGCGAAGAUACCUGGUGGAUGACCCUCUUGUAUGUGCAAAACGUGGCCACGAAUCGCCUGUGCAUUAGUCAUUCCUGGUACCUGGCCGUCGACAUGCAGCUGUACAUCUUCGCACCCUUCCUCCUGAUCGCUUUGUACCGAUGGGGCAAGAAGGCGGCCGCCGGCAUCUUCAUCCUCAUGAUGCUCUUGGCCUGCUGUCUCUUCAGCAUCAUGGUCAUCAACAAUCUAUCACUGGGAGCCCAAGGUGAUGAAGCGAUGAGGAAGCUCUACUAUGCCACAAACACCCGAGCGUCGCCCUAUCUCAUUGGCAUCCUAUUCGGGUACUUCCUGCACUUGAAUCGCGGCAAGGACUUCAAGUUAAGCAGGAUUACAGUGAUCUUUGGCUGGCUAAUUGGCCUGUCGCUGAUCGCCACCUGCCAGUUUGCGGUCUACGGUCAGAACACCCUGCCCAUUGUGGAGGAGGCCUUCUAUGUGACCCUCACCAGGAUUGCCUGGCCAUUGGGCCUCUGCUGGGUGGUCUUUGCCUGCAUGCACGGCUACGGAGGACUGGCUAAUAGCUUUCUCUCCUCACCCCUGUGGCAACCCAUGUCCAGGCUCUCCUACUCCGCCUAUAUAUUCCACAUGUUCAUCGAGGGCCUGAACGGGGGCAAUACGCAGACCAGCACCUACUUCAGUGACUACCAAGUGAUGCUUCGUUUCUGGUCAGACUUUGGCUUCACCAUGCUCUUCUCCUACCUCAUGUACAUACUGAUCGAGGCGCCUUUUGCCGGUCUGGAAGGUCUCCUGUUGCCCGCUAAGAGGCCAAGUUCUUCGAAGCUGGCGGUUCCUCAGCCGCAGGUUGCAGAGCUGAAGACAUCAGCCGACGAAUCUCCAGUGGAGGAACCUAAGGAAGCAUCCACCACGGUUGAAGAAAUUCCUGCACCUGGACCUGAAAAGAAUUCAGUUUAA